GUUAAUGGGGAGUUUAAAGAGUUGAAGAUUACUGAUUUUAAAGGUAAGCUGUUUUUGUGUGCACAUAGAUACAGCUGUAACUUGAAAAACUGAGAGCCUUGCGUGAAGUCCAAUCACAGGUUUGUAAAGAUCUUGUAUGAGGCUACUAGUAAUUCUGCUGGGAGCAGUUUGACACUUAUGCCUAUAAUUAUUUUCCUGUUUUUAUGUGCUAUUAUAUAAACAGAAGCCUCUGCCUGGGCUAGAAUGAACAGAUAUUUGUUAGUGGGCAUUGUCUAUUAGGAGAUAUAUGAGGCAGAUUUAGUCAAGUGACCUGUUGAGACCAAAUGCAUCUAAUGAAAAAUUGUUUAAAAAUAAUAUUAUCUCUUUUAAAAACCUUCUCCUUGCUUAAUUUUUGGCAUGUUCGUGUGAGGUUUUUGUUUUUUUGUUUUUGUCUUUUCCUUCCAGUUUUUUCCUACUGAUUUUUGAAUAACCUUCCCUUUGCUCAAUUUUUAACAUGUUCACGUGAUGCUCUUCAUCAUCUGUAACCGAUUUGUCUUUUCCUUUCAGUGUAUUCUAAUUUUUGUUAUAUUACUUUUUCCUACACAGGAAAACAUCUGGUGUUCUUUUUCUAUCCCCUUGACUUGUGAGUAUUAGAUGUUAGUAUACUCUUUGACUAAAAGUUUGUUGUACUUUGCUACCUUCAUGCUAUCCUCCCAAAUAAGCCAUCUCUCCACAAUUGCUACAGCUAGUAGUCAGCAUUGUUCUCAAGGUGACUGGUAUUAAAAGUUUCAUCAACUGCAUGCAUGUUAUUUUAAAUUGAUUCAUUACAAAUAACACCUAUUUGUUGUCAUUUGCAGUACUUUUGUUUGUCCAACGGAGAUCAUUGCCUUUAGUGAUAGAAUUAAAGAGUUCAGGGCAAUCAACACUGAAGUUGUUGGUUGUUCAGUAGAUUCAGUU